GCCUUCCGCACCUACGACGGUUAAAGUUCGACCGUAUUAGGAAAACGGACGGACCAGAUUAAAAAGAUUAAAAGAACCUACCCCACCUAACCCCAACCCCAUUCUUAGCUGGGCCCUGUUGAAGUCUGACAGAGUGACAUGUCGUUUUAAGUCUCUUUCUCCUCUCCUCCCCUUCUUUAAGAAUUCUCAUUCUGCUCUGUUUCUUCUGGUCUUCAUCAUCAACUUUUCUCUCUCUUUUGCUUCCCUCCUCUGCGUAAAGUCAAAGAUUUUUCAAUCUGAACUUAUAGGUCGCCAUGAGUAGUGUCAUCAAAGUGGUGUUGUUGUCCUUCGUCCUUUCCACACUGUUUUUUUCUCUUGUUUCCUCUGCAUCCAAUGAUGGAUUGCUUAGGAUUGGACUGAAAAAGAAGAAAUUGGACCCAAAUAGCCGUCUUGCUGCGCGGCUUGAGUCCAAAAAUGGAGAGCCUUUUCGAUCUUCUAUCAGGAAGUAUAAUCUCCAUAAUAAUGUUGGAGACUCUAAGGAUGCUGAUAUUGUUAUUUUAAAGAACUACUUGGACGCUCAGUACUAUGGUGAGAUUGGAAUUGGUACUCCCCCUCAAAAGUUCACUGUUAUAUUUGACACCGGCAGCUCUAAUUUGUGGGUGCCAUCAUCAAAGUGUUAUUUCUCACAGAUUGCUUGUUACUUCCAUGCCAAGUACAAGUCUAGCGAUUCCAGUACAUACAAGGAGAAUGGGAAGCCUGCUUCUAUUCAAUAUGGUAGUGGAGCUAUUUCAGGAUUUUUCAGUUAUGACAACGUCCAAGUUGGUAACAUAGUUGUGAAGAACCAGGAAUUUAUUGAAGCAACUAGAGAGCCUAGUGUCUCAUUUGUGGUGGCUCAGUUUGAUGGUUUAUUGGGACUUGGAUUUCAGGAAAUUUCAGUUGGAAAUGCCGUCCCAGUGUGGUACAAGAUGAUUGAGCAAGGUCUUGUUAGUGAACCAGUGUUUUCCUUUUGGCUGAACCGUAACUCAGAUGAAGAAGAAGGGGGUGAAAUUGUGUUUGGUGGAGUUGAUCCAAAUCACUUCAAGGGCAAGCACACAUAUGUUCCUGUGACACGGAAAGGGUAUUGGCAGUUUGACAUGGGUGACGUUCUUAUUGGUGGUAAACCAACUGGAUACUGUGCUGGCAGUUGCGCAGCAAUUGCAGAUUCAGGAACUUCUCUGUUGGCUGGUCCAACGACUGUGAUUACCAUGAUUAAUCAUGCCAUUGGGGCCACUGGAGUUGUCAGUCGGGAAUGCAGAACAGUAGUUCAACAGUAUGGACAAUCCAUUUUAGAUUUGCUUUUGGCUGAGGUGCAGCCUAAGAAGAUUUGCUCCCAAAUUAGGCUAUGCACCUUUGAUGGUACUCGUGGUGUUAGUGCUGGCAUUGAGAGUGUGGUGGAUGAAAACAAAGGAAAAUCAAAUGGUGUCAUUCGUGACGCUAUGUGCUCUGCUUGUGAGAUGGCUGUUGUGUGGAUGCAGAACCAGCUUAUGCAGAAUCAGACACAAAAUAAUAUAUUAAACUAUGCUAAUGAGCUUUGUGACCGGAUGCCAAACCCUAUGGGAGAAUCAACUGUUGACUGUGGAACCGUUUCUAAACUACCAAAUGUCUCCUUCACCAUUGGUCGUAGAGUUUUUGACCUGAGUCCUGAGGAGUAUAUACUCAAGGUGGGUGAGGGUCCCUCAGCUGAGUGCAUCAGUGGCUUUACUGCAUUGGAUAUUCCUCCUCCCCGCGGACCCAUCUGGAUUCUGGGAGAUGUCUUUAUGGGUCCCUACCACACUGUCUUUGAUUAUGGCAAUCUGAGGGUUGGAUUUGCAGAUGCAGCAUAAAAGAAACUACCUUAGGGGCCCUUAUCCUGAUAUUCAUCUCUAUUUAGUAUUAGCUAGCUAUUUAUGUACCUCCUAUAACUUGACGAAAUUGAUGAUUGGAUACUUAAGGUGUUGGCCCCAGCAUGAUUCUAGUGCUUGUAAAUGUUUGCUUCUUAUAUCUAUAUAAAAUUUGGAGUUUGCAACUA